UACUUGUAUUUCAUUUUUUGCAAAAUUUCUGUAAAAAGCUUUACUGUGUGCUUCUUGCGCGUGAACUGUUGCAUCAUUUGGGGGUUUCCACAUCAAGCUUACAAAACCAAAAUCAGAGAUUGAGAAAAUGUCUUCAGAAGAAACAGUAAGUGUAGUAGGGAGUGAGGUAAUGCCCCUGGAUUAUGGGAGCAUGGACUCGGAGAGUAAUCCGUCUCCAUCUAGUUCGGAGAAAACGAUGGAAGGGGUGAGAGGGGAUGAGGUGGUGAGGGUUGGGGGGAAUGAGAUGGUGGGGGUUGAGGGGGAUAGUGUGCCCAUCACUGUGGUAGAAGUGGAGGGUAGGAUAGAGAGGGGUUAUGAUGUAGAAGCAGACAUAGUAGAAGAGGCCACUGGGGUAGAGGAGAGAGUGUGUUUUGCUUCUCGGGAUCAUUGGAUGCCCGUAUAUGCCCAUUAUUUGUUUGUCGGGCUUAGGUUUCCAAUUCCUGAGUUGCUAGUAGGUUUGCUAUUAGAUUAUGGUAUAGGGUUGACACAGUUAGUCCCCAAUGCUAUGAGGGGGGGUAGUAGGAAGGAUAAGGGGUGGUAUUAUUUCACCCCUAGGGUAGCUAAUAGGGAGAGCAGGGCUUUAUUUAUGGCGGGUCCUUCAUCCAUUAAAGGAUGGAAGGAAAAAUUCUUUUUUGUAGAUGAUACGGAGAUGAGGAGGAAGAAGUGGGGAAGCUGGUGGGGAAGGGGGGGGGAUUUACUGAACAUCAUGGACCUCACCAACGCACAAUGCAUAGAAGCUGCUGAGCUCUAUGGGCCAAGUGCUAUAAGUGAAGCUGAAAUGGAUAAUUUUUUGAACACUGCUGGAGGAGUGGCCAUCCCCAAGAAGCUGCGGAAGAAGUCAAAGACUUCAACCAAGCAAGUGGAUGAGGGGAGAGCUGGGAAGGAGAAGAAGAAGAAGGUGAUGGAGGAGGAGGAGAGGGGGAGCGAGGUUCCCCAGUUCGUACCUCAGCCUCUUCUUGUUGAGCUUGACCCUAAGCUCAGACAGUUGGAGGAGGGGGUUGAGGUACGAGCUCCCGGUAAGGGAAAGGGCCCUGUUCCCCCGUUGGCAUUUCAGAGUAGCCUGUUCGAGACGAAGAACAUGACGGGGGCUAGGAGGUUCAUCAACACCACCUUCCCCGAAAGCGCGAGCUGGGUGAAUGGUCUAGCCCAAGAGUUCAUGGAUAGCGUGAAAGAGUGCUCCCUCUUGCAGAGGCAGUGUGACCAGCUGCAGAGAGAGAAGGAGGAGUUGGAGAAGAAGAAUAAGGAACUGCAAGAGGCGCUGAAUGAGGUGGUUCCAACUGUGAAACAGCUGGAGCAGGAGAGGGCGAAGGAAAUAACGCUGAUGAAGGAUGCCUUCAUGGAGCUGAAGGAGAAUGUGCAGGUGUUGGUGCACAAUGGGAUGAAGGAGCACAUCAACAACUUCAUCAACUCCAGCUCGUUUGACAAUAUCGUCAACUUAUACCGGCUGCCAACUGCCAUCAUUGCUUUCACAGACUGCAGAAAGAAGGUGAAGGCUGAAUAUCCCGAAGUGGAUAUUACAAAGAUCACUUUCGGCGAGCAAGAAGAAGGAGUGGAGGAGAACGGUGAGAGCAUGUCAGCAAACUUCCGUCCUCAGAUCAAACUGAAAUGGGAUCAUGAUGCGGACGGACGCGUUGUUUUCCCUCCACAGUUCUACUUCGAGUUCGUUGUAGUGGAGGAAGAAGGGGUAGAGGUAGAGGAAGACGAAGUAGAGGCAGGAGUGGAAGGAGCUAAAGUGGAUGAGAACUUGUUGACUCAAGGUACUCCAAGAGGGGGGGUACAACAGAACCAACCAGCUCUAGAAGUGGAGAUUCAUCCAGUUCCUUCUGACGAUGAGCAGCCUCCUCUGCCAGACGAGCAGCAGCCAACAAAGCCACCUCUUCCAGUUGAACAGGAGUCAGUUUAGCCACCUCUUCCAGCGGAGGAAUAAUUUUUUUUUUAAUUUUUGUAAAAACAUUUAAACAAUUUGUAACACUGUUAUCAUUUGAAUGAAAUUUCUAUGUUGAAAUCAUAUGUUGUGUUUGCUUUAUAAUUUUAUUACUUUAUAUUAAUAGAAGAACUGAGACUACUUUGGAUAUGUUAUAAAGGAAAGUUAAUCAU